AUGGCUUCUUCAGAAGUUUAUACUUACUCAGUAUCUACUCAUGGCGAUGAUACAUUCUCGCAAGUGUUCCAUAUCGGAGAUAAAGAGUAUUACUAUGCUCCUGCUGAUGAUGAAUUGGCUCUGUUUCACUCUACUACUACACCGCCAACAAUCCCUAGUACCAAGAACAUUCCAGAACCUCCUCCUCUUCCUUGUAUAACCUACCAACGUUUUCAAGCUUCCAGAAGGAAACCUUCGAGCUCAUCACGCCUUGUGCCUAAAGAAGCAGUAGAAACUUGGGAUAAGCUUUUCAAAGAAGGAAUUGGAGCAGAUACAUAUGUUGAAACCGAUAACAAAUCUCAUUUUCCAGCCCAUACAAGUAUCCUGGCAGCAGCAUCCCCUGUUAUGGCGAGACUUCUAAAUCAAUCAAGGGAUAAAAAAGGAAAAUCAUUUCUCAGAAUCCCUGGAGUUCCUUGUGAAGCAGUCUACAUGUUCAUUCGGUUUCUAUACUCUUCCUGCUACGAGGAGGAAGAAAUGAACAAGUUUGUGCUCCCUUUGUUGGUUCUGUCACACUGCUACUCGGUCCCAUCUCUUAAAAGAGUUUGUGUAGAGGUUCUCGAUCAGGGGUGGAUUAACAAGGAGAAUGUGAUUGACGUGCUCCAAUUGGCACGAAGCUGCGACGCCACAAGGAUUUGCUUUCUCUGUGUUUCAAUGGUCAUCAAAGACUUCAAAUCUAUAUCUUCAACAGAGGGAUGGAAAGUGAUGAGACAGGCUGAUCCUCUGCUCGAACAAGAGCUUGUUGAGGCAGUUGUUGAAGCUGACGCUCGGAAACAAGAAAGAAGGAGAAAACUAGAGGAGAGGAAAAUGUAUUUGGAACUUUACGAAGCCAUGGAAGCACUUGUCCACAUAUAUAGGGAAGGUUGUGGGACAAUAGGGCCUCGAUGUAAAGCCCUUAAAGGAAGCCAAACCGUGUGUAAGUUCCCGGUGUGUAAAGGAGUUGAAGGUGCGCUUCGACAUUUCUUGGGAUGCAACUCUAGGGCUUCGUGUCCUCAUUGCAAACGAAUGUGGCAGCUUCUUCAGCUUCACUCUUGUAUCUGUGAUGAUUCCGAUUCUUGCGAGGUUCCUCUCUGCUGGAAUAUUAAGGAGAAAAUGAAGAAGCUUAGCAAGAAAGAAGAAUCUAAAUGGCGAUUGCUUGCAGAAAACGUUAUUACAGCGAAGAACAGUCUUGGGCCACUCUCUUCACGUCCAUCUGGUUUGAUAUAG